AUGAGGGUUCUGAUAUUGACAGACACGCAUGGCCACCUGCACCUCAUCAACAAACUCGCCCACAAGCACUCUGCCCAAGCCGUGCUGCAUUGCGGCGACUUUGGGUUCUAUUCGGAGGCGCGGCUCGAGGAGCUGCCCGACCGGGAGCUGGCCCUCCGCAUCCGCCAUUCGGAGAAGCUCCGCCACCUCAAGAACAAGGCCUUCUCCAUGUCCCGCCCGGAAAAGAUAGAGGUGGUGAGGACGCACCACCUGGAGGGCGAGUUCGAGCUCUACCUGCAGGGCAAGGCCCACUUCGACGUCCCCGUCUACUGCGUGCCCGGCAACCACGAGGAUGGGCUGUUGGUGAAGCAGCUGACCGAGGGCGCGAUCAAGAUCCCCAACCUGCACCUCCUCACCGAGACCUCCGACGUCGUCCUCGGCCAGGGCAAGGGACGCGGCAGCGACGCGUUCUACCCGAGCAUGCGCUUCACCCAAUGGGAGCCCAAGGCCAAGGCUGCCGACGCGGUACCGCCGGCGAAGGGCAAGGGCAAGGGCAAGGGCAAGGCCGCCCAAGGGGCCGCCAAGCAAGCCGAGCCCGCCGCCGACUCGCCGCCUACGCCGGCCGAGGACCCCAUCCCCACGUGGCUCCUCACCCACGUCUCCCCCGGGAAGCUGCCGUCGCUGGAGCUGCUGGGGCUGUACGUGAAGCCGCAGAUGUGGUUCAGCGGGCACAUGGGGCCGCACCUGCCCAACCACUACGCCCUCUUCACGUUCUGCGACGACUACGAGUUCGCCCACCGCACGCGCCCCGAUGUCGGGUUCCUCCUCCAGCAGCACGCGCGGCUCGCACGCUUCUGGAAUCUAUGGUAUGCGUGCCACGACCUGCUGUCGACGGCCGGCGACGGCGUUGGCGAAGAUGAUGACGUGGCAAUGCCGGUAAUGGCGUCGCUCGAGCGAUACGAGGCCGAGCUGGCCGCCUUCCACCCGCCAAAACUGAACGAAGACGAAGGCGAUGACGAAAGCGAAGAGAAAACGAAGGAAAAGAGCGAAAGCGAAGAGAACGAAAAGGAGGAGGAGAAGGAGAAAGAGAAGGAGGAGAAGAAGACGGUCAGGGAGAUGGUGUUGGAGAUUGUGCGGCAACAGCCGGUGCCGGGUCUACUGAAGAGCUACGUGCUGGCCGCCGCCGACGAGCGACAGAUGGCCGACCGAGCCCGCGCCGUCUUCUUCAUCGCGCCCCAUAUCUCCAGGGAGAAGCGGGGAAAGGUGUUUGUGCCGAUGCAGGGCUACGAAUCGCCCAACCCGCGCCAGAUCCCCUCGCGCGACGAGAUCCGCCUCAUCGAGGCCGGCCUCCCCUACCUCCGCGUCCCCUUCCCCGUCCCCGACGACGCCAUGCACGUGGACAACCGGGCCAAGCGUGUGCCGAGCGAUUGGGUCAAGUCCACCAUGUUCUUUAACCUGCCCGAUGCGUACAUCGGGGGCUACAUGUACAUCGACGUGGACGAGGCCACGGGCCGCAUGGACACGGCCAUGCUGGGCUCCUUCCCGCCCCGCUCCAUCGUCGACGACGCCGACGACCCCUGGCUCGCCCACGACGCCGCCUCCUCUUCGUCGUCGUGA